GUAUAUAUAAGUUAAGUGUUUGUACAGUGCUGUCGAAGAUCAACCUUUUAUUAACCCAGCUCUGAUUUGCGUAUAUAUGCUUGUUAUUGGAAGUCGAUCGAGUUCUAACGAUACAGAUUUGUAUUAGGACAUUUCCAAACGUUUUCGAUUGCUACUUGUAUAAAAAAGGCCAUUCGAGUUCGCUCAUAAAGUAGUUGGAAUCAUUCAGCAUUGAAGCCCUGAUAUUCAGUGACAGGACAAAUUGAUUUUACUUGUCAGCGGCAGUGGUUCGUAAAAACAUUGGACAAAUUCUAUAGCUCAUAUUGGAGUGUUAAUUGAAUGACGGCUGAACAGGUAACGCGCUCAUAAAGGUGGACGAUCUAUGUUUAAGCAGUUAUAUGCUAAAGUACAUCACAGCGUGUGAGGGAUCGAGUGUUUGGAAGGAAGCGUGGGAGCGAGGGUGGUCCAUAGUCAGCAUCUGGCGCGAUUGCCAGUGUGGGAGCUAUAUCACUUGACAAGUGAUCUCCACGAGACAACCAAGGUCUACCAUCAAGCCCUGAUUGUGAUCAGAAUAUAAUUAUAUCUGAUUGGAAUAAUACCACAAAGACAGCAAUUUAUUAUUUUGCAGGAUUUCUAUAGCAAAACUUGACCAUUUGCCUUGAACGCCCUUGGAAGUGACUUCCGGUGACAGCGAGUGACCUGGCAGAGACCGGUUGCUCUCCCUGCCGUGAGAGAUGACGGUUCGGGAGGUUGUUUCCCCUGUAAAACUGCGGGACUGUCUUGCACGAUGUCGACAGUCCCGGAAGUUGGUGCUCAUCAUUGUGUUCAUCGCCUUGUUCCUGGACAACAUGCUUCUAACAGUUGUUGUGCCAAUCAUUCCAAAUUUCAUACGAAAAAUGGAAGCUCCGUUUCACAGGACGAACGUUUCAGUUUCACCAGGUAAAACCGAAGUGGUUUGUUCCAACAGUACGAACUUCACUCUGUCAUCAAGCCCCGCCAUUGAACCGGGAGGUCCCGGAUGGACCAGCUUUACAACCAUCUCCUCGUUUUAUGCCCAGACAACACCAGGACCGUGGAUAUACUGUGAAAAUCGUACAACGAAAAAUAAUUCUUCAGAUAUUGUUGUGGUUGAGGAGGAAGUAGUGCGUCAUGCCGAGUUAGCCAAUGAAAAUGUCAAAGUCGGAUUAUUGUUUGCGUCAAAGGCUUUGGUACAACUAUUGUUUAACCCCUUUGUUGGAACCCUAACUAACAGAAUAGGUUACACAAUACCUAUGUUCACGGGAUUUUGCGUGGCGUUUGUGUCAACUAUAAUUUUUGCUUUCGGCGAGAGCUUCACAAUCCUGUUCAUAGCCAGAGCUGUUCAGGGCAUUGGAUCAUCAUGUUCCAGUGUGGCAGGAAUGGGUAUGCUAGCAGAGCGUUACCAGGACGACAAGGAGAGGGGAAAUGCCAUGGGUAUAGCCCUUGGAGGACUGGCUAUGGGGGUCCUUGUUGGACCGCCGUUUGGGGGAGUUAUGUACGAAUUUGCUGGCAAGGAAGCCCCGUUUCUCAUACUUGCAUCCCUUGCGCUCAUCGAUGGAGUGCUGCAAAUGUUUGUCUUCCAACCGUCCAUCAAACCGGAAUCACAAGACGGCACUUCAUUGAAGGUACUCAUGUCUGACCCGUAUAUCCUUAUAGCGGCAGGUUCGAUAACCUUUGCCAAUAUGGGUAUAGCCAUGAUGGAGCCGUCCCUACCUAUCUGGAUGUACGAGACGAUGAAUGCCCCGGAAUGGCAGCAAGGUGCAGCAUUUUUACCUGCUAGUAUUUCCUACCUGAUUGGCACCAACAUAUUUGGUCCUCUAGCACACAAAAUGGGCAGGUGGCUGAGUGCAUGUUUAGGCAUGGUCAUCAUCGGUGUAUGUCUUAUUGCGAUUCCAUUCUCAAAGAAUAUAUUUCACUUGAUAGCACCUAAUUUUGGACUAGGAUUCGCCAUAGGUAUGGUGGACUCCUCCAUGAUGCCACACAUGGGGUACCUGGUAGACCUACGUCAUGUGUCCGUGUAUGGAAGCGUGUAUGCGAUAGCGGAUGUUGCCUUUUGUCUUGGGUUUGCUGUUGGUCCAGCGUUGUCCGGGACGAUCGUGAAGGAGAUCGGAUUCCACUGGUUGCUGUGGAUGGUGGGUAUUAUCAAUAUACUCUAUGCACCCUUGUUAAUAUUUAUUCGUAAUCCACCAAGUAAAGAAGAAAAAAUGUCACUAAUCCUUAACGACCAGUGUCCUAUACAAUACGUCACCUACAACCAAACAACCAAGAGUAACCCCACAUCUGACGACGAGGAUCCCUACCACGAGGAUUACUGAAACCUGCCACGCCCACCUAACGUCCGCAACAUGCCCAUGACACGCCAACAACAUGUCUAGGAUGUACCAAUUUAGUAUAGCAUAAAUCGUGAUACGACUGGGAAAUCUAAGGCAGAGAACGCCUAAAUCGGGUUUGAUACGCAUUUCAUACAUGUAUGCAACACCCAAAGCAGUCUAUGGAAACACUACAAACAUACGCCUAAUAAGUACAUUUAAACAAAUUGGACACACCCAGAGUCAGGCUAUGGAAACUCCUUCACACAUCCAGACAAUAUUUAAAGGCAGAACCAGGGGACGAAUUGGAUACGCCUAGAGGACACCAAAACUGUGGCAUGGAAAUUCCCUAGGUACAUUUGUACAACUCUUACACCACGUCAUUGAAACUCAUUGGAAAAACACAUAAAAUCCAUCCCACUGCGACGAAAUCAGGGCUUCAUAAAGUCCUUGUGUUAUGGCAGCCCCUUAAUGCAAUGCAUGACCAUCAUAAAAUCAUAAAACGCUUCAGACAGCCCUUGUCUUCGAUUUAAAAAA